AUGCAUCUGGCUGUGCUCUAUAACCGGCCACGUAUUCUCCAAGCUCUUUUGCUUCACGAAUGUGAUGUGACCAAGCAGUCCCGUUCUGCAUAUCGGGUGGGCCACGAAGGAGAAGGUGGAAAAGUUGCCGUGCUGAGAGCUGGCAGCACCCCGAUGCACUAUGCUUUGGGAUUGGGACGAGAGGAGCUUGCUAUUAUGGCGCAUGCCUACGACGAUGACGUUUGUGAUCAGACUGCUUUCUCUCAGAUUGUUGAUCACCUGAACCCUCGAAAGCUGCGAGGUCCCACUUGUGUCCGAGACAGGAGCUCUCGAGCCGUGGAGCAUUUGAUGAGCAUCUUGAAUGAUCGAGGGCAGACUGCUGCAGACAGCAGGAGGAGCGAAUGA